UAGUUUCUUAAUGUCAGUUGUUGUAUUACGAGGAUGAUGAUGUUUGAAAAUAUUUAAUUUAAUUUAAUUUAUUAAAUUUUUUUUUGCGAAAAUCAUCCUAAUUUAUUUCAGGUUUAAUUUGCGAUAUAUUUUUUGUGCAUCAUUAACAGUCUCGAGAUGUAUAUCUUAGGUGCGCUUCUAUUGUUCAUACUGCAGGGUGCGCACGCGCAACAGCCAAAUUGUGAUUAUGCAAUCUCCGUUACCCCCCAGAAGAGUGAACCAAUAUCCAGCCCCGGUUAUCCUAAUAGUUACCCACGUGGAUCAGCCUGCCGUUGGAUAGCCGUGUGUCCUUCCGGCUAUAAAUGUAAAGUCAAUUGUGACGAUGUCUAUAUACCUGGGGGCCAAGAUUGUCCGGUAGAUCGCUUACUAAUCUCAAAAACUGGUGACAGUCAAUUGACAUCAGCUGAGUAUUAUUGCGGACAAGGCUCGGUGUCUGCUAUAUCAACAGGAACACAGAUAAGCAUAGGUCUCGUCGUCUCAAAUCGAAGCCCGGGAGGUAGAUUUAGAUGCGAAAUUAGCGCCCAACGAGACAGUGCUUCAACUUGCAACUGUGGUUACAGGAAAGUGAGUCGUAUCGUCGGAGGCGAGGAAACGAAGCCAAAUGAAUUUCCUAUGAUGGCUGGUAUCAUUUAUUUGGGAGAAAACACUAUCAAAUGUGGUGCAGUCAUCAUUGAUAAUAUAUAUGUACUGUCAGCCGCUCAUUGUGUUAUCACUAAGGGAGUAAACGACAUCGCUGUUGUGGUUGGCGAACAUGACGUCAGGGUUGGAACUGAUUCUCCAGACAUCCAAUUAUUCAGGGUGUCCAGGAUUAUGACUCAUCCGAACUACAAUCCCAACACAUAUGAUAAUGACAUCGCGAUAGUUAAAAUACAAGGCGUCAUCAGGUACAGUGAGAACGUUGGUCCAGUUUGUCUGCCAUUCAGUUUUAAGGACGUCGACCUUUCUGGAGCCGUCGUAACAAUUUUAGGGUGGGGUACUUUAUUCCCUGGCGGCCCAAGCUCCAGUGUUCUCCGGAAGGUGAACGUGAACGUCAUCAGUCAGUCGACAUGUAGACAAAAUGUCUUAUCACUAACUCCCCGACAAAUUUGCACAUUCACCAGAGGGAAAGACGCGUGUCAGGACGAUUCCGGCGGUCCUCUCCUCUACCUGGAUACUUUUACUGGUCGUCUGUUCAACGUGGGAAUUGUUAGCUUCGGCCAGUUAUGCGCCUCAAACAGUCCCGGCAUCAACACACGAGUCACCGACUUCCUAGACUGGAUUGUCGAUAACGCACCCGCUAAUUAUUGCAGAAUAUAAUACACAUAUCAGUGGCUUUUCAUUGUAUAUAUAUAUAUUUAAGGAAAAACCCUCAUAAAAAUUACAAAUCUAAUGUUAUCUUGAAGAAUCUAAUUGAUUGAUUUAAGUAGAUCAUAGAUCAUAUCAUAAUAAGUUGACUUGAUAAGUUCUUAAAUACCUAUUAUUUUUAUUAUAAAUCGAAAUAAAAUUUACCAACAUUACUAAAUAAAUAAAAACAGAGGUCAUGAAACCAAUCUUAUUCAUAAGUGAAGGACAGAUUCCUUUACUUCUUUUGUAAAGUAAUCUUGCAUUAAAGCGGCCUCGGAUCUGUUUUGCUGGAAUGGAAAUCAAAUAUUAUAUAAAAG